AUGAUGGACCCCAUCUGCGGGGUAGGGGGCCUCCUGGCCUCUGGGCUCUUCCUGCUGCUGCAGCUGCCCGUGGGCUACUGUACCUCUGAUGACACCGUCCAAGAGGAAGGCUGUGGUCAUUCAUAUCUCUACGACAGAGUCAUAGGUGGAGAAGAUGCAGUAAGCCAGAAGUGGCCAUGGCAAGUGAGCAUUCAAGAAUCCAACAAUCACCUGUGCAGUGGAACCAUAGUUGCCUCUCAGUGGGUGAUGACAGCUGCUCAUUGCGUGAAGAAUGACUUUUCUUAUAAUGUCUACAUGGGGACCACGAAACUCAAUGAAAGCAGUGAAAAUUCUCUCCGGGUCUCAGUUGAGAAGGUGGUGAUUCAUCCCAACUUCCAGGAGAAUAGAUACUGGUCAUGGAUUGGCCGUGAGAACGACAUAGCCCUCCUCAAGCUGGUCCAGAAGUUGAAUUACACCAAGCACAUUGCCCCUAUCUGCAUUGCCUCCUCCAAGUUCCAAGUGAAACCUGGGUCCUUUUGCUGGCUAACAGGCUGGGGUAUGACCAAAGUACCCACUCCAGGAAAAGAAGAGACAUUGUCUCCAAAACUUCAGGAAGCUGAGAUCUCCGUCAUGAGCAAUGAUGAUUGUGACACCUUUUACCAUGAAGCCUCACAAGUGCCCACCAUUGUCCGCAUCAUCUCUGUUGGCAUGCUGUGCAGCGAUUACUCUCGAGGAAGAGACUUCUGUAUUGGAGAUGAUGGGAGCCCACUCGCCUGUGAAGUUGACAACACCUGGUUCCAGGCAGGUCUGGUGAGCUGGUCCCUGGGAUGUGCUCAACCAGAAACCCCAGGUGUCUAUUCUCGGAUCAGCGAGUACUCCACUUGGAUAGAUAGGGUGGUAGCAGAGCUCAACCAUACAGUCUCCAUCCUCCUCACCUGCUCCUGGAUCACACUCCUCUCCCUGCUCUUGCUGCUUUGUCUCAUGAUGGUCCUGUGA